AUGAAUGGAUAUGCCGAAGACGGGGACUACAUUGUAGAUACUUGGUUAUUGGACACAGAUUUCAGUUUUGAAUUUGGAGAGCACCAGGAUUUGCCAAAAUUAAACAAGGAACAACUUAGAUUUAUUCUUGCGGUUAAAGCAGGAAAAAUAAAAUAUGUAGCUGCCAUGAUAGCAGAGGGGUUUGAUGUCAAUUUUUGUACAGCCUGGAGGGGAAACCCCCUGUGCACUGCAAUAGAAAACAAUAGGCUGGACAUUGCCAAGUUGUUACUAGACAGUGGAGCACAUACAGAGAAUGCCCUACAUUUAGCAUGCUUGAGGAGUAACAUUGAUUUGGUGUCAAUGCUGCUGUCAUAUGGAGCUGAUCCCAAUGCUGUUGGACACGGAGUGGGAGAGGACAUUCCAACCUGUUUUAUAUUUGCACUACACGUGGCUCAGCCCUUGACAAUAGUGUUGAAAUUGAUAGAAGCUGGUGCUGAUGUUAACGCAAUGUGUUGUCAAACUCUGUGGACACCGCUGCAUCUGGUGUGUAACAGUCCUGCUCACAGUGCUGACAUAGUCCAGGCCAUUCUCAGAGCUGGAG